CUUCUCAAAUGUUUUCAUUUCGACUCCCACGCUUUUUUCACAAGACUUGAUUGAAGCACAGUGGAAAAGGAUCAGAGACGCGGGAAUAAACAUUUUCUCGAGAAAAUCAGAAGAUUCCUGUCAAUCCCAGAACUUUCAAGAAGGCGCUAUUUCAUAUCACUUGCAUUUACAUCUGCUUGAUAUAAACUCACAAACUCACAUGUUUGAUCACCCAGGAAACCAACAAAAAGAAACAAGGAAGAUAGUUAAUCUGCUUACAUCAGAAGCGUAAACACAGGCCAUCCAAAAGAAGAAUGUCUCUGUUCCAAACCCUGUUGAACCGGAGUGAACUGUUCGGGCCUUUUCGAUUUCUCAUCAAUGAAAAUUCAGACACCGAGAUGGAUUGGAGGGAGACCCGUGAAGCCCACAUCUUCGAAAUCGAUCUCCCGGGGCUUACCAGAGAGGACGUGAAGCUCGAAGUUCAUGAAAAUAGUGUCCUCUGUAUCAGCGCAGAGAGAAAAGUGAAAGAAGAAGAAGACAAUGAUGAGACUAAAGAGGAGAAGAAGAGCCUCAGAUGGCACUGCAAGGAGAGACAAACCAUGGGAACCAUCUCGAGGAAAUUCAGGUUACCUGAGAAUGCGAAGGUUGAAGAGAUUAAGGCCACAAUGAGUGAUGGAGUGUUGAAAAUUACAGUGCCUAAGGAUGAGACCAAGAAGAAGCACAAGCAGCAAAAGAAGGAGAUUGAUAUUUCCGGAGACGAUGAUGGGGCUGCACGUAAAGGGAUUGGUCGCUUUGUUUGUUGCAAGGCUUAGAUGCGACUUAUCCAGAAGAUUUCAAUUUGAUGAAGGGUUUGAUUUUUUUUUUUUUUGUCUUGGUGUGAAUAUGUGUUUAUAAUUGGUCUGUGAAUAUGCAAGGUCCAUUUGUUAAAUCUUCUGCCCUUUGUUCUCUUGGAUAGUAAUUUUGGGAUUGAAAAGGUUUGCAGCUUUUCUUCUUGUUAUUGUUGCUGUUGUUCAUGUGUGUGUGUGUGUGCGCGCAUGUAAAUUGAAGUUGGUGCUGAAAGCAAGAAACUUGGAAUUUUUCUGGUUUUAA